ACGGCUGCAAUCAUUCUCAUUUAGAAUUUGGGAACUUCCACCGCACUUUAUUCACUUUGGCAUCUAAGAUAAAACCUCUCUUUCACUCGCUUUCAUUCACAUUUCAUUGCAGUCCUUUGUGUUUGACUCCAAAACAAAAACAACAACAAAAACUCAAAACUCAGGCCCUCAGAAGCUCCAUACACACUCACAAAUGGGGCUUCUGCAAAUGGGUUUCUGAGUAUUUUGUUGUUUUCUGAAUUGGGUUUUUGUUUUUCUUGAAAAAUAUAUAUCAAUUCCUUGUUGGGUUUUUGCUUUGGAAAAUCUGUGUUGUGAAAAAAUGAUGAGCUUUAAGCAGUUUUGGACCAAAAAGACUUUGAUAGGUCUUGGGUUGGGACAGUUUCUCUCACUUUUGAUCACUUCCACUGGUUUCACAUCUUCUGAACUCGCUAAAGGAGGUAUCAAUGUCCCAACUUCACAGUCUUUUCUAAACUACUUGCUCUUGGCGAUUGUCUAUGGAAGUAUUGUGAUUUACCGGAAGAAAGCACUCAAGGCAAAAUGGUAUUACUACAUGCCUCUUGGAUUGGUAGAUGUAGAAGCCAACUAUCUUGUGGUGAUGGCCUAUCAGUACACAUCUAUGACAAGCGUCAUGCUUCUUGAUUGUUGGUCAAUACCAUCUGUCAUGUUUCUUACCUGGUUUUUCUUGAAAACAAAAUAUAGAUUCAGAAAGAUAACUGGUGUUAUUGUUUGUAUCGCUGGCCUAGUCCUCGUUGUUUUUUCAGAUGUUCAUGCCGGUGAUCGAGCAGGAGGGAGCAAUCCCCGUAAAGGAGAUGCAAUUGUUAUUGCUGGUGCCACGCUAUAUGCUGUCAGUAAUGUCAGCGAGGAGUUUCUUGUGAAGAAUGCUGAUAGAGUUGAACUCAUGGCAAUGCUGGGUCUUUUCGGUGCCAUUGUCAGUGCUAUCCAAAUAAGCAUUGUUGAGCGCAAUGCGCUCAGAUCUAUUCACUGGACACCUGGGCAAGCACUUCCUUUUGUUGGAUUUUCAGUGGCUAUGUUUCUCUUUUACUCAUUAGUCCCAAUCUUGCUUAAGAUUAAUGGGUCCACAAUGCUAAACUUGUCUUUGUUGACCUCAGACAUGUGGUCUGUUGUGAUUCGCAUCUUUGCAUACAAAGAGAAGGUUGACUGGAUGUACUUUGUGGCGUUCGGUGCUGUCACUGUUGGGCUUGUUAUUUAUUCAGUGGGUGACAAAGAUGGGGAUCCACAGCAGGCUGAAGUUGCUGAUGAAAAUGCUGCACGAAGCAAAUGUUUUGAUGAGGAAGCUAGUACAGGAAGUUGGAACCAAGGAACUGUAGCUGGGUCCUCGAAAACUGGGGAAAGUAGCAAGCAUGCUAUUGCUGCCAAUGGCGUUGCAGAAAGGGAAGUUGUUGAGAACAAGAACAUUGGAAAAGAUGCACAAGGGAAGAUAUCAUAAUGAAGAAUUUGCUUUAGAGGACAUUCGGUGAUAGUACAUGCCUCAUUCUUAUUUGCAGCGGGAGACGAUCAAGCGGAGCUGCUUAAUUACUUGUCAUAAAACAAAGAAAGGAUUAAGCAGUGCUGCUGCUCUCAGCCUGGGAUUUUCAUUUGAAACAACAUUUUGAAUAAUAACCAUCUGGGGCAUUGAAAAGACCAAAGUGUAUAUAAGGUGCUGGUUCUCAAUUUUGUUUUCUUUGUUCCUUUUUUUUCCCCCUUUUGUUGUUUUUUCCAGUUGACAUUAUAAAUGUGCACAGUAUUUAGGUUAAUUAUAUUUAUUUGAAAGUGAUUUGCUUUGGACU